AUGUCGGUGAUCGGAGGUGCUACCGCACGGGUUGUCAAAGGCGUAAUGCGCACAAAACCAACCAGAGCUGCUCUUACAUUAACAAAUGAGGCGGUGAAAAGGAUACAGGUUCUAUUAAAACAAAAGGAUGAUGCAAAAGCGCUUCGAAUUGGAGUUCGACAGAAGGGCUGCAACGGGCUCACGUACACACUUGAAUACGCGAAUAAAAAGGAGAAAUUCGAUGAAGAAGUCGAACAGGACGGCGUGCGCGUUUGGAUCGAGCCAAAAGCUCAACUCAGCCUUCUCGGCUCCGAAAUGGACUACAUCUCGAAUAAGCUCACCUCCGAGUUCGUCUUCCGCAAUCCCAACAUUAAAGGCACAUGCGGUUGCGGCGAAUCGUUCAGCAUCUAA